AUGAAAAAAGUGUUAACGCUUGAUGGAGCCAACCUAUCAAUUCAGGAUUUGAAGGACAUUCUGUAAGGGAAUUUGGAUGUCGUAGUUGAAAUUCAAGAACAUCAUAUACUUCAAUCCAGAAACACAGUAGAUUUGAUUGUACAAAAGAAAAUUCCAAUCUAUGGAAUCAGCACAGGCUUUGGUAAAUUUAAAGAGAUUUACAUUCCCCAUUAAGAAAUGGUGGAUCUGUAGAAGAACUUGAUUAUCUCUCAUGCUUCAUGUGUUGGUGAACCAUUAAAACCAAAUAUUGUUUUGGUAAUGAUGAUUUUGAGGUUGAAUUGUCUCAUCAGAGGAUUUUCUGGUGUGAGAAUGUCUCUUAUAGAAUCACUACAAUAAGCGAUAAAUAAGAAAUUGAUUCCUAAGGUUCCAUGUCAAGGUUCAGUCGGGGCAUCUGGAGAUCUGGCACCUUUAUCUCAUCUGGCUCUAGGACUCAUGGGAAUUGGUGAAAUUUGGAAUGAUGGAUAAUAUAUAGCUGCUGAGUAGGCUUUACAAAUGCAUGAUUUUGAACAUCUAGAAUUCAUGGAGAAGGAAGGAUUGGCAAUGAACAACGGAACUCAAAUGAUGGCAGCCAUCAAUUUAGAAACCUUAAUGAGAUCAUAGUACGUUAUGAAUGCUGCAGAUCUAGCUUUGGGACUAACAAGUUAUGCUUUAUAGACCAAUUAUCAUUUCUUAAAAAACUACUCUAAGAAUGAUAACAAAUCAAAAAAUAUAGUAUUGAGUUUAAUUGGAGAAGGAUGGGCAGAUUAAAUUAAAACCAAUCCUAAAAGUAUAUCGACGGCAUUUACUACACAUUAAAUUAUUAGAUAGUCUAUUGAAGAGAAUCUAAGGAUUGUGGAAAGAGAGAUUAAUUCAACAAGUGAUAAUCCAAUAAUUGAUAAUGAACGUCAAUCAGCAAGAUCAGGUGGUAAUUUUCAUGGAGAAUAUAUGGGAAUGUUGGCUGAUAAUAUGUGUAUAGCCUUACAAAGACUGUGCAUAUUUAGUGAGAGAAGACAAGAAAGAUUGGUAAAUUCAGAAGUUGGAGAUUGUGGAUUGCCUAUGUUUUUGACAUCAAAGGGAGGAUUAUUGAAUGGAUAUAUGAUUCCACAAUAUACCAGUGCUGCUUUGGUUUCUGAGAAUAAAGUACUCAGUCAUCCAAGUUGCAUUGACACAGUUCCAACAUCUGCAAACAUAGAAGAUCAUGUGUCAAUGGGAGCGUAUAGUGCUAGAAAGGCUUUACAAAUUGUUUAAAAUGCAGAAUACAUAAUUGCUAUUGAAUUGAUGUGUGCAGCAUAAGGAUUGGAAUUUGCAAAAGUCUAAUUACCACCUAAGAUUUAAAGUUGUCUUAAAUUCAUCAGAAAUAUUAUACCUGAUGUUAAAACUCAAGAUAUCUUUAUGAACUAAUACAUCGAAUUAAUGGCUAAGAAUCUAAGGGAUGGCCAAAUCAAUCAAUUAAUGGAAGAAUUGUAACUAUUAUGA